CGACUGCCCCGAGGGCGCGCCUUUUGGCCCGGGUGGCACCGCGAGGCCGAUCCGGGUGGGCGCUCCCUUUUCUCCCUUUGGGGUCUCCCGGGCAGGCCCUGUCCGCCCUUCCUGUCUUCUUGGGCUUCUUUGGUCUCUCUCUUGGCAAUUGGACAUUUUGUAAUUUUAGAACUAGAAACCGUGCGAUCCAGUCGCCCGAUUCCCUCGUUUUACAGAAGCAACUGAAACUCAGAGAGGUUUUGAUUUGCUCAAGGUGACACAGCUUGUCACUGGCACAGCUGACCGUAGUCUCCAGACUUUCAGCACAAGGCCUUUUGUACAGUACAUCAAUGCGUGUUGAAAUCCUUGUUAUUUCGCUAUCUCGCAUUCCUUUGAUCUCAAGAGUAGAGAAGGUAACAGCUUCAGCUUCAGAAUCGCAGCGAAAAUUCUCCUGCCACUGACUGGCUGUUGUGACCUUGAGCGAGUAAACAUAACGGGUCCCACGUGAGCCGCGGUUCCUAGGUGUAAAGCUUUGAAGGAAAAAGAUUUAAUUAGAACAUCUGAGUCAGACUGUUACUGCUACAAUCAAAAUUCCCAAGUGGAGUGGAAAUACAUAUGGUCGACUAUGCAGGUGAAAAUUACCAGUUCCGGCCUGUUCAGAAUUGUAUAUAUCACAGAAAGACAUAAUUGCCAAUAUCCAGAAACCAUUUUAUCUUUUAUCAAAUGUGUGAUUCAUAACUUUUGGAUACCAAAAGAAUCUAAUGAAAUAACCAUAAUCAUCAAUCCAUAUGGAGAGACUGUGUGCUUUUCUGUGGAGCCUGUCAGGAAGAUAUUUAACUAUAUGAUACAUGUGAAUCGAAACAUCAUGGAUUUCAAACUCUUCCUUGUGUUUGUGGCAGGAGUUUUUCUUUCCUUUUAUGCAGAGACCCUGAGUCAAAGCCCUACUUUCUAUUACUCUUCGGGAACUGUGCUAGGUGUUCUAAUGACAUUAGUCUUUGUCUUGCUGUUGGUGAAACGAUUCAUUCCGAAGUAUAGCACCUUUUGGGCUCUAAUGGUUGGUUGUUGGUUUGCUUCAGUUUAUGUUGUGUGCCAGUUGAUGGAAGAUCUGAAGUGGCUGUGGUAUGAAAACAGGAUAUAUAUAUUAGGCUAUGUCUUGAUAGUUGGAUUUUUCAGCUUUGUUGUUUGUUACAAGCAUGGGCCCCUUGCAGAUGACAGGAGCAGAAGUCUUCUGAUGUGGACACUACGACUCCUCUCCCUGGUUCUGGUCUAUGCUGGUGUGGCCGUGCCUCAGUUUGCCUAUGCAGCCAUAAUCCUCCUCAUGUCCUCCUGGAGUCUGCACUACCCACUGAGAGCCUUCAGUUAUAUGAGGUGGAAAAUAAAGCAGUGGUUUACAUCGAAAGAGCUGGUGGUGAAGUAUCUUACAGAAGAUGAGUAUAGGGAGCAAGCUGAUGCUGAAACGAACAGCGCUCUGGAGGAGCUGCGCCGGGCCUGCCGAAAACCCGACUUCCCCUCGUGGCUGGUGGUCUCCAGACUCCACACUCCUAGAAAAUUUGCAGACUUUGUUCUUGGAGGAAGCCACUUGUCACCUGAAGAAAUCAGUCUGCAUGAAGAGCAGUAUGGCCUUGGGGGUGCCUUCUUGGAAGAGCAGCUCUUUAACCCAAGUACUGCCUGACAUGCGACCUUCAAGUUGACUUCAUUCUGGACAAGGAAGUGGGCAAAGGGUAGGGAUUCUAUUAAAGUUAGGCAGAACUGUUCUAGUGAACAGUGGCAAAAACAUUUGCUGUGGAGAAAAACAAGUCAUUCUGGAAAGGAAAACUAACCCAUUUUGAAGAUAACUUAACAUUCUUGGUGAGUUCUGCUAUUUACUGUACUGUAGGUGGAUACCAAGAUUCUGUGACAGCCACUACCACCUUCCUUGAAUGAAGGCUUUCAUUAGGAACAGGGGAAUGGCGUUCUUCAAGGGGCUAAUAAGCGUGAACAGGUGCUUUGUCAACACCAGGGCCCUAAAUCCGCUCUUAAUCCCCUGAACCUGUGUCAGAAGACUCUGCAAUACUCUUCCUAUAUUUCAUCAGUAUAAGUCCUAAAAGAGACCUGAGACAUGCUGGACCAGUGUUUUCCAAAGUACAGCUCACAGGAUACUACCGAGUGUUGGUCAGUAAAGGUAUUCUGAGGUCAGCUAAGAUUGAUAUAAACUAAUGUACCUCUCAGAGUCAUUCAUAAUGCUCAUGUGCACUGUGAAUCUCCCAAAGAGGAGAAAGUGUGUGCUGCAGUUUCUUGCUUAAUUUGACCACAGAACUCUUUUUCAUGAGAUUAAUAUUCCUUGGAACACAUGUUUGGAAAGUGCUAAUGGCGGUGGAAUUGAGCUCUGGAGAGGUUAAACAACUUGUGCAAGACCACACUGAGAUGCAGCACUGGUAGAAAUCCAGCCCUGGUGUAUCCUUUGACUCAGGUAGAUAAGAUCUUCAGGUGCAAGCUUAGAAGCCAUCUUCCAAAGCCAUGGGCCUCACAAUGUGGUGGCUUUACUUUUUAUUUUUCAAUAAUGGCCAACUUGCUAUUUAACUGUGAUAAAGGGAAAUGUUUCUUAAGACAUUUUAAAGUUUUUUAUACAUAAGAUUUUUAUAUACAUACAUAAGGAUUAGAUACUAUGAUUACUUUGUUUUUUUUUUUGUAUUUUGAAAUUGAAGGCAUUUAACUUCUUACGACAUUUUGAAUUGACUGAUCCAUUUAAAAAAUUGUUUAACUAUAUGUGUUUAUAACAGUUUCUUACAAAACAAUUUUUUUCUUGAGUCAUGAUAUUAAACUCCAGAGUGCAAUGAGGGGCUGUGAGCUUUGACCCUGAGGAAAGAAGGCCAAAACAUAGAUCUGAGAAAAGAUUUGAACAUGGCAAGACAAUCUCAGGGUUAAGGUGUUGCUUAGUUGAUUCUGAGAAUCAAAAUCAGGCUUUUUUUCCUGUGAUGGGACCAUAAAAAUCUUUUUAUCAGGACAAGGGUUAUGGGGGAAGGAUAGACAGAAUUUUGGCACUGCUGCUUUCCUGAGCCAAAUUUAAUAGUUUUUCUAAGUCAUGAAAAAAGAGCAUGACUAUCCAUCUGGAACUUUCUAGAUUGAUUUUCAAAUGAUAGUUCCUCUUUGAAGUAUUUACAGGUCUGUUUUUGCCAGACAUCUUUUCAUACUAGGAACUUUGUUUUUUUGUAAUAUCCACUAAAGUUAAUCUGCCUUUAUAUAGACUUGGAUUUUUAAAGAACCAAAGGAUGUAUUUCCCAUUCAGAUUUAUGGUAACUAUUUUAUGAGUAAAUAGAAGUUUGAACAUUUUUCUUAUGGUUUAAUCUGUUUUUUUAUAAUUAUAUUUAUUGGUGAUAUAAAUAUAUCAGAUGUAUCAGUGCCUGUGCUCACCAAGUUCGUCUCCUAAGAGGCAGUUUGUGUGGUACAACAUAUACGUAUGAGUAAAUAACACAUAAACAAUCUGCUGGGGCUGCCAGGUAUGUCCCAGCCAGGACAGCCACUGGGCCAGGGGGAAGAGGUACUGCCGAGGGAAGGAAGCAGCUCUUCAUGGGCAGCUAGCCAGGUGUAACCAUCACAAUAAGAACAGCCAAAGAGAGAAGAACAACAGCAGUCCUCCAAGAUAUUGUUUUCCAUGUUUAUUUUUAGAAGAAAUCAUAGGUUUGUCAGUUUCUGCUUUGUGACUACUGUGAGAAGCUAAACAAUUAAAAGCAUUACUUGUGAUAUUUUUAGUGUAUUUAUGUUGUUUUCAUUUGAUUUGGGGGUAUAUUAUAGUACUGAUCACAAUUCUAAUCCCCAUCAAGCAAUGUACAGAUAACUCUUGUAAGAAGUGUGUCCCUCCUUUCUUUCCUCCCUUCUCUUCUCUUUCUCCCUCACCUCCUCUCUCCUCUCCUCCUCCCUUUUUAAAGUCCUUUGAACAGUUUAAACGACCACUAAAUAAAAUGGCUCUGCCCUUCA